GAGUAGGGUCAUUCUGCUCACUUUUGCAUGGAAUAUGUUUUUUUCAUCCUUUCACUUCAGCCCAUGUGUAUCCUUACAUCUAAAAUGAGUCUCUUGUAACAGCAUAUAGUUGGGUCUUACUUAUUAUUAUUAUUUUCUAAAUCUUCACCCAGGGACAUGCUUAUCGACUUGAGAGAGAGAGGGGAAGGAGAGAGAGAUACGUCGAUGGGCGAGAGAAACAUUGAUCGGUUGCCUUCUCAUACGAGCCCUGACCAGGGAUUGGCCCUGUGACCUUUCCAUGUAUGGGACGAUGCUCCAACCAACUGAGCCACACUGGCCAGGGCAGUUGGAUCUCAUUGGUUUAUCCAUUCGGCCACUCUCUGUAUUUUGGUUGGGGAGUUUUAAUACAUUUCCAUGUAAAAAGCCAGGAGUUGGGGGUUUUCUCCUGCUCGUUCUAUGCCGGGCCAGGGGCAGGGGCCAUGGUGGGGGAGUGUGGUUUGUUCUCAACAGCACCCAACCUGGUGCCAUCUCCUGCCAGCACUUAGAUUCAGAGAGAACAAACACUAGCCAGUCUGGCAGCCCCCCGAGAGGCCGGCAUGCUGGGCGUAUGUCUCAGGCUCCCCUUUCUCUCCUGAGGGAGACUGAAGAUUUUCUUCAGUCGGACCAGGCUGAGCCAGGGGGAGGGACCGAGAUGAAUGACUGUCAUGGCUUUUCCUUCCAGCUUUGAUGCAGCUGCUCUGUGCUUGCCCGGGGUUUGGGAGCCUCUUCACUGGUUUCGGGAUUUCUCUUAAAGGGAACCGGUCCGUGUGUUACGGAGUUGAUGGUUUCUGGGAGCAGGAGAGUGUGUCCUGUCCUGCCAUCUUGCUGACACGAACACCUUCUCGUGGCAUCGUGAUGCUUGCUCUGUCAAGGCAGCACCUUGUGUCUCCUUUGCCCAGCGUGACGUCCUUCAGCCGUUUCUACAGAGGUGACAGCCCGUCAGAUUCCCAGAAGGAUAUGAUUGAAAUCCCUCUGCCUCCGUGGCAGGAGCGACCUGAUGAGCCCAUAGAGACCAAAAGAGCCCGCCUGCUGUAUGAGAGCCGGAAGCGGGGGAUGCUGGAGAACUGCAUCCUGCUCAGCCUCUUUGCUAAAGAAUAUCUGCAUCAAAUGACAGAGAAACAGCUGAACCUGUAUGAUCGCCUGAUUAACGAGCCCAGUAAUGACUGGGAUAUUUACCACUGGGCUACAGCUCCUGGAAGCCACUCUCUGAUCUGUGCCCUGUGGCCCCUCCAGCUCAGCAGUGGAGCCUCCCUCACAAGGAAUCCCUCUCAGGCUUCAAAGCUACCCGGUUUCCCCUUCUGUCACCUCCUGGAGAAAACCCUGCUUUUAAUAGAGCUCAUGUGAUGAGGUCAGAACCACUUGGAAAAGUUCCCUGUCCCAAGGCCAACUGUGCCGCAGCGACAUGCCCGGUCGUGCUCACAGGCGGGGAUUUCACAAGCCUUGUGCACCGUUCUUUUACUUUAAAUUGAGCCUCUUGCAGACAACAUAUUUAGUCUUUAUUUUUUUGUCCAAUCUUAUCUCUAUCUGUUCAUUGGUAUGUUUUGGUCAUUUACAUAUAAUUAAUUAUCAAUGUGAUUGCAUUAAAAUUUACCAUCAUUUUGUUUUCUAUUUCUUCCAUCUGUUCUUUGUUCCUUUUCCCCUCUAUUUCCAUGGGGUUUUUUAAAUGAGUAUUUUAAAUUUUACUCCACUUUUGCUUUAUUAUUUAUACCUCUCUUUAUAAUUUUUUUAGUGAUUGCCCUAGGGCUUGCAGUCUACAUCUUUAAUUAAUCACAGUCUACCUUCAAGUAAUAUUAUAGUACUUCAUGUAUAAUGUAAGAACUUUACAGUAGCACACUCACUCCAAUUCCUCCCUCCCAUCUUUUGUGCUAUUGUUGUCAUACUUUCUAUUUUUACUUAUGCUGUAAGCCUACACUACAUUUCUGUUGUUUUACUUCAGACAAUUAUCUACAGAGCAAUUUAAAAUAAGGAAAAGGAUAGCAUAUACAUAUAUAAAAGUUAUAACAUAGUA